AUGAUCCCUCCUCGAGCGCUCGAGUCGACCACUCAAGAAACGACUCAAACCUCAUCACAGCACACCAAUGAUGAGAACAUCAAUAACUCACCACUGUUGCAAAUGGUCUAUCAACACUUUCAUAUUCCUCCCUUCACAAAUCCUCCAAUCUCUCAUAUUGCAUCCUUUGACAGCCUUCCGAAAGUACCUUGUCCGAAAUGUCAAAAGAAUCGAAAAUAUUAUUGUUACGAUUGCUGUAUUCCAUUGAUUGAUCAUCCACCAACUAUUUCCAAAUUACCUCUUCAUUGCAUUAUUAUUCAACAUAAACUAGAACGAAAAACAAAAUCUACAGCCGUUCAAGCCAAAGUUGUUGCUCACUCGAGUGCUGAUUUAUAUGAAUUUCCUGAUAUUCCAUCAUUUAUUACUCCAAGCAAUAGUAUUCUUGUUUUUCCAUCAAAGAAUGCAAAACAAGUUCGUGAUUUAUUUAAAUCAUCAAGUCAUAACGCCAUAUCAUCAAGUCAUAACACCAUAUCAUCAAGUCAUAAUAAUGCCCAAUCAUCAAGUCAUAAUAAUGCCCAAUCAUCAAGUCAUCAUAACAAUGAAAAUGAUAUCAAUACCUCCAGUUUGAAAUAUGCUGUAUUUAUUGACUCUACUUGGGGACAAGCUAAACAAAUAUAUCGGAAUGAAUUAAUUAAUAGAUUACCAUGUGUCAUCAUUGAAGAAAAGGAGACGUUGUUUUGGAGAUAUCAAAAAGAAGGUCAAAAAUUCCUGAGUACCAUUGAAGCCAUUUAUUAUUUCUAUAAAGAAUUGGUUCAGGCCAUGAAUGAAACUCUCUCAAAACCAAUGAUCAAUGAUGAAUACAAAUACUCUGAGAAUUUGGAGAAUUUUCUCUAUUAUUACAUUCAUCAAUAUUGUCUCAUACAAGAAUACUAUGCCAAAGAUCCAACAAGAAAGAUUACAACCAAGAAAACAGAUAAUGACAAGUACAUCAAGUAUGAACUAUUUCAAAGUAAGAACGCCAGUAGCAAUACUUCCUCAACUCUUUGCAACAACAAUCCAUCCUCAUCCUCCAACGUUGUACCUUCUUCUUCUGCCAACCUUGAAUCCACACAGCAGCAGCAACAGGUGGCAGACAGUAGCGUUUCGAAUGGCUGCGUCCAGGAACCUCCUCAAAAGAAAUUGAAAGAACAAUAA